GAGAAGUUCGACUUGUGUUUUGUAUGUUUGUGUGUACACCUGGUUCAUUCAUUUCAUUCGAUAUUCGACAGUGCUUUGAGUUGGGUCAUUAUUCGCGAAAAAAAGUUCUUUGAAAAUUUAGUGCCUUAUAGUAUUUCGUCAUUUUUUAUUUUUUCUUGACCAAUUUUUUUUUUCCUAAUUCAUCUUUAUCUGAAAAAUAUUCUCUAUUUUUGUUUUUUGUUUUGUUGAAAAAUCGCAUUAAUAUGAGUGUUAAAUUAUAUCCGAUAAUAAUGUCUUCGUCUAUUUGUUAUUCACGUCGAUCAAUCGAUCGUACUGCAUCAUCAAUCAUAUUGGAAUCGAUUCGUUCAUCAUCAACAUCAUUGUCAUCAAAAUAUAAUAAUGGCCAUAAUGGAAGAUCGCAUCGUGUCAUGUCCUUUGAUAAUAACAGUGGUGAUAGUAAUAGUGAUCAUCAUCACCAAUCACGUCGUCGUGGUACCGGAUUCCGAUCAUCAUCUUCAUCAUCAUCAUCAAUACCAAUAUUACCAUCUGAAGAAUUGGAAAAUAUCGAACAAGAAGAAGAAGUAGCAACAACAUUAGCAACAUCCUUAUCAUCUCCCAUAAUUAUAACCACAUCAAUGCCAACAGCAGCAACAACAUCGGCAGCCGAUAUUGCCGGCACAUCACAUCAAAUUCGGACAACUUUUACCGAAACGACAGCAGCAUCAUCAUCUCAUCACAUCGAAACUCGUCAAUUACAAUCAGUACGUCGAAGAUUAUUUCAAACGGCAGCAUCUUCAACAACGGAAACAUCAAGUACCGAUUGGCUUGCAGAACAAAUCGAACAAAUUCAACGACAACAACGUGAAAGAUAUAAUUUUGAUUUUGAACGUGGAUCACCAUUACCGGAUAGUCCUGGUCAUCGUUUUCGUUGGGAACCAGUCAUUCAACAACAACCGAUUGAAUCAUCAAUUCAAUCAACAUCAAAAACUAAAUCUUCCGGUGGUUUAACUAUUCCUACGACAAGCAUGACUAAACAAACAUCUUUAAUGGGCAUGUUACCGGUACGAUGUAAAGCACGAUCAUUAUCAACAAUAACGACAACGACAUCAUCAUCAUCAAAGGCUGCUACAGCUAAAAGUAUUGAUAUUGGUGAAUAUGAAUCGAAACAAAAACGACCAAUCUCUACAGUGGAAUCAUCCGAGGAAGAAUCCAAACAUUCUGAGUAUUCAAAAAUGUUGAAAAUAAAACAUCCACGAUUGGAACAAACAUCAUCAUCAAAAGAUGAUGAUGAUGAUCCUAAAUCAAAGAUUGUUUCAAGUUCAACAUCAUCAUUAUCAUCAGAACAGACCACUAAAGAGAUUACGGUCAUUGAAUGUUCAACAUCGCAAUCACCAUCGUCAUCAACAUCUAGCUCGUCGUCAUCGUCGUCGUCGUCAUCGGGAAAAAAACGUGCAACUUAAACGUAAAAUGAUACAAUACAAAUCGAAAUCGAUUGAAGUUUUUGUGAUGAUUUAAAAUUUCGGGCACCAUUUUUUUCAUUAAUUCAUUCAUUCAACCUAAUGAGUACAAUUCUUUCAACAAAAUUCAACAAAUUUUCAUUUCAUCAUCCCAGCCCUUCUUACCACUCGAAAUUUUCUUCUUUUUUUCAAAUUCAAACACACAAACACUUUAUUACUAUUAAUAUCACAUUACAGAAUAUAUUUCCUAUUUUAUUAAUGUUAUCUAUUAUGAAAAAAUUCAUUCAUUCAUUUCAUUUCAUUUCA